AUUUUUGUAAUUUUAAUUUUUUUUUUUUUUUGAUUUUCGCUGUUUUUGCUUUUGCUGCGACAUUUUCGCUCCCCACUGUUUCGGUCGCCCCUUCGUCUCAUUCGCUGCCAUUGUGCUUAUGGAAGAGGCCGCUUUUCCGUCCAUGAGCAACGCAGCAGCCCCUGCCGGCGUUGGAAGUGCAAGUGCAAGUGCAAUUGCCGCCAUGCCUUGCACUCCUUCACCCGACGCCAACCCCAACCAGCCGCCCGCCGCUCACCCAGCGCCGCCGUCGUCGUCGUCGUCGGUGCCCACACUUCCAGCUGCGCAUGCACGACCAAACCCAAUCCUCUCACCGGCGUCGACGGCCAUUCUGCAGUCUGCGUCCGGCACAAACCCAGCCUCGACCAUUACGGCAUCGUCAGCAACAACCCCCGCGUCCGUGCUAAUGGCGCCUGCUGAUCACCAUCAUCACCAUCAUCAUGGUCAUGACUCGCCCUCCUCCUCCUUCUCGUCGGCAUCAUCAUCAUCACACCAUUCAGCAGCAUCAAGCCCCGACCACAGCCACCGCGAGCAACACGAAGACGGCGCUGAUGCUGAUGCUGAUGCGGAUGCAGAGCGACCGGCAUCCGGACCGCCGUCAUGUGCGCUCACCCCGACCUCAGAGGCGUCCUCGGCCGCAUCCAUCCCCGCAGCAGCAGCAGCAGCAGCAGCACACACACGAGAAGCACCCGACCUCCAUCUCGCUGCAGACUCGAUGCGAGUCGCAAAGCAAGUUGUCGUAAUCAACCAGCGCGUUCUCAGGCUCUACCCGCCGGAAAUUUGCUUGGCGCUGGCCAGAUUGCUCCAGCUCGUCGAGCAUUACCGUGCCCAGCUGGACGCGCUGCUCGGAGCGCGCCAGGACUUGCCAAAGCUCAUCCAGUCAGACUCGCUGAUGCUCCUGUUCCGGCUUCGCGCAAUCCGACUCCACAACUGCCACGUCCAGUACAUCGGAUGGCUUCUCCGGGAAUUUGCCAAUCUCUUCCACGAGGCCAAGCUGAUCUUUAUCGACCACCCGUUUCCAAACUCUGAAAUAUGUUACUUUGCGUUUAUUGGCGGCCUCACGCACGCCCUCGAGUCGGCCACAAUACUCGCCAGCCAACUUCCCGUGAGCUCGGUCGUCGCCGCUUCCGUGGGUGAGAUGCCCGCGUCGUUUCCACAAGUGCUGCCUGGCUUUGCAGCGCCAGCGUUCGAGCAAGUGCGGGCAUUUCUCAGCUCGUUUCAGCACCCCACCGCCACCGAGCCGGGGUCAGCGAGCAGAGCCGCAAGGCCCGCGAUCAGUCCGCUUCAGCUCCCCUCCGAGCAGCAGCUCGCCAGUUCGGCGGCCGAUCUCAGCGCGCUCGCAGGUGCACCAUCAUCCAGCGCUUCGGCUGCUGCUGCUGCUGCUACUUCGGCGGCGGUGCCAACCUCCCCCCACGACCUCCUCGUUGUCCCGGCUGACAGCACAGCAUCGACCUCGUUGUCCCUGAGCUCCUCGGCUUCCACAACCACCACCGCGCCAUACCUCAAUGUACCAAGUGCAGCCGAUGCCAGCGACAUGGCCCUCUCACAGGCUGCGCUCGAAGCAUUCCAGGAGAUUAUCGCAGAGGAAGUUGUGGCACACCUUCCCAUGCUUCAAUGCAACCAAGACUUGAUCACCACCAGUGUCUAGUCUUAUCCAUCCUCCAUCCGCUGUGUUUUUUCUUUUCGUUUGUUCAUCUCCCUUGAUUUC